AUGUGCCCUGCGGAAAACAGGUUGGCGUUCUCGGUUUAUAUGCUCACGGGAGAGGCAGAGCAUUGGUGGAUCAGCACCAAAUCCAUCCUGGAGGAGAGGGAUGAGCCAGUGACAUGGGAGACUUUCAGAGAGAGAUUCCUCUCAGAGUACUUCCCAGACAGCAUCCGGAAAUUCGAGAAUGGGCUUCGUGGUGACAUCCGUUUGAUGGUGGCUCCCUUGUCCAUCAAGGAUUUUGCCGCUCUAGUAGAGAAGGCCAAGGUGAUGGAGAGGAUGAAGCGUGAGGUAGAAGGUCAGCGCCCACAACAGUCACAGCUGCCUCAGAGGAUGGGUGGACCAUCUGGGUCCAAGCCCAGACAUGAGGAGCAGAGGAGAUCGUAUGAUAGACCCCACCAUCAGCCUCAGGGGUUUAGGAGUUUUUCUCCACAGCAAGGUCGAGUUCAGUGCUACAUAUGUGGGGGCCCUCAUUUGAGGAGUGUCUGGCCGCGUAUGGAGGGUUAUCGCCGGUGCAACAACUGUGGCAAGGAAGGUCACUUUGGGAAGGACUGUCCCAACCUUGCCAGGGCAGCAACACGCCCUCUAGUUCAGACUCCCCAUCAGCAUCAGAGGAGGGACAAAGGCAACAGGCCCAAGGCGACAAGCAGGGUAUAUGCUAUGACCGGGGCAGAGGCUGCAGGCUCAGGUAAUCUUCUUAUGGGUCGAUGCAUGAUAGCGGGUGAAUCUUUGUGUGUACUGUUUGAUUCUGGAGUGACACACUCAUUUGUGUCAUUUGCUUGUGUGGAGCGUUUGAGUCUGCCGAUGCGCGAGCUAUAG